AUGGCAACAGCUAUGCAAAGCCAGGUGAAUGUAAGAGGAAGGACUCUCAGAGCAAACUGUGAGAUUAGCGCGUCUGAGGGGCUGAGCCCUCGUGCAAGUAAGUUUGAGGACGAAAGCUACGCAACUCCUCCGACUGUCUACAAGGGUGCAAGAAGACUUGAGGAUGAAGAAAGUCAGGAUGAAGACACGCUUGAUGAUUACUCGGAACAAGCAUCCUCACGACUUGAGAUCAGGCUGGGCAGCUGGUCUCCUCGCAUGGAGGGCAAGCAACUUGAGGAGGGCUCCAGCUCCUCGUUGAGGCCUCGGGACCAGAAGCUGGAGGCUCAAAGGAGAUACCGCGAAGAACUCGACAUGCAGGUAGAGGAGAAGCGCGCGCAGACGGCGAAGGCAGGAGGAAGAAAAGCUGCAGGGGUUUGGGUGAGCAAGCAGCAACAGUCGCGAUUGCCCCGGGACAUGAGCGCGACCCCGUCUCCUCUGUUUGCUAUGACGGGAAGACUGAAAUCCAUGCACUGGGGAGCUCGUGAGGUGGAAGAGUGGAAGGAGCAGACGGAGAAGAAGAAGAAAUAUCGGGAGGAGCUGCUGGAGCAGAUCGAGAGGAGGAAGUUGGAAGGGAGGAGGGAGCAGGACAACAUCUGCAGGAACCUCUUCGCAGAGCGAGCAGACGAUGAGAGUGAGACGUCGGUCCCCGUGACGCCCAACAAGAGCACCGAGACGGAGAUAUACGACCAAGACCUCGACUACGAGCAGGAGGUGUUGGUGGGUGAAGAUGAGCCUUUCAUCCUUGACGACUUGCAGAAUUGGACGGGGAGGAGAAGCGAAACGAGCGAAUCAGUUUCUUCUCUGAAGCUGCUGGAGAGGCGAAGAGGAGAUGGUGACAAGUGCAAGGUGAAGAGAGUUCCCUCUCUGCCCAUGGACUUUCUCAACCGAUCGCUGGGGUGCAAGAGGAAGUGA